AUGUCGACUGAACAUGACGAUGAUUUUGAAUCCGCUCAACCAAAUUAUAAAAUAGGAGAUAAGAAAACUAUUGAAGAAUAUAACAAUUUGGAUUCUAAUGAUGAAUCACUUAAAAAAUGGAAGGAAUCUCUUGGUUUGGGCAAAGCGGCAGAAGGCCCAAAAGAUGACCCUCGUAGAGUGGUAAUUUUGAAACUUGCUUUAGAGGUUGCUGGUAGAGAAGAUGUUGUCUUAGAUUUAUCACAACCAGGCGCGCUAGAUAGAAUCAAAGAACAACCAUUUAUUAUUAAAGAAGGUGUUGAAUUUCGUAUGAAAGCUGUAUUUAAAAUCCAACAUGAAGUUGUUUCAGGUCUUAAAUAUUUACAAGUUGUUAAAAGAAAAGGAAUCAAAGUUGAUUCAACUAGUGAAAUGAUUGGAAGUUAUGGACCAAAUGAACAACCUUAUGAGAAAAAGUUUAUGGUGGAAGAAGCUCCAUCUGGUAUGCUAGCUCGUGGACAUUAUGAAGCAAAGAGUAAAUUUGUUGAUGAUGAUAAUGUUACUCAUAUUCAAUGGAAUUGGGUAAGCGAUUUUUGA